AGAUGCCAGCCCACAAAAGACCCCUCGGGCUGCCUGAACGUCAGGCUCUGGAUGACUUCGUUGCACGCCUAUGCAUUCGCCUGGCGCGGCUACUGGAGGUCGUCUAUGAAGCGGGAUACCACCUUGCAGGUCCUACGCGUCCACCAGCAGAAGGAGCCAGCCCAGAGAACUACUGCCUCGUUAGACACAGACUGCUUCAUCACAUGACCGAACUCGUGGACCAGCCCUUCUGUCUAACGGCAGUUCCCUCAAAUGUUCUGCGGACUGAUGGGGGCAGUGGUGAGGACCGGAGUGUUAUCAUGCGUCUGGAAAGAAUCACCACGCUUCUCCACCAAAAUCCCACCGACAUUCGAUUU